AUGAAAUCCAUUGGGAUCAAAUCUGUCGACGAACUUUUCAAGCAGGCGAUUGCACCGUUAGCUGUUUCGAUGGAUAUGCGUGGAAAACUGGAAUCUGCACUGGUAGACUGGCGACACGACUGCGGUUUAGGGCCAGCUGGCACCAUUCGGCAAGGUCUACGACUAAUGUAUCCGAUGAUCGUCACGCAUGGAGUAUUCCCGGAGCAGCUGCAAAAAACAUUCGACUCGAUGUCUGUGCUUUUAGACAUCUGUGCAAAAAUACUGGUCAACACGGAUCCACUGUUAACCCAGCUGGAGGAUGCGACGAAGCGCAUAAGUGAGUGUUACGACGAGCUGUCAGCUUUGUGUUUAAGCGCCGGACUGAGAGGUCUAAAGGCCACCAGAGCAUCCGAAAAUUUCGCGUGGAAUGUUCGACUUUUGAAAGCACAACUCACGUUGAUGAGUAAAACUCAGGCUGAAGCCAAUGAUAUCGUUACCCAGGUUCGUAAUCCUUUUGGCGCAUAUUCUGGUUGGCUGCAAGCUGACAAAAAGGUUGAAUAAUC